ACGUGGCAUUUCUCAAGGACUUAUUACAUUAACACACUAGUACUUUACAUACAUGCAGAUACAUACAUAUAUACAUACACAUUUAACAAAAACUAUAUAUAACUUGUUACGUGAACUUGCAUAACCUCCAAUUAGUUUCUCCAGAAAACUGUAAGAACAUUUUCUUUUCUUCUCUGUCUUAAACAGAAUUGUUUUUUUGUUCUAUUUGAUUAAUUAUUAUCCUUUCUCCCCCAUAUUAAUUCUACGGAUCUUCUUGUUCAGAUACAUCACUCCUCCCACACAUUCUACAAAGCAUUCAAGAAGCCUUUCUUGGGAAAUUUUUCUCUUGAUAUUUCCCAGAAAACCUUGGCAUCACGUUGGAGUACAUACGUAAUAACAGAAACACAUAUAAACAUGUCGCAGGACGUAAUUUCGUCGCACGAACAGCUCUCAAUGGAUGAGAUCACAAGCCCUCUCACCGCACAAAUCGUUGACUUUUGUGAUCCACAAUUCUUUCAAGAGACCUUUAAUCAAACUUCUGAAGUGACCUCUGCUUCAAAUUGUUGUGGCUAUGUUGAAAACAACAACAACAACAACAAUGGUUCGAAGCAAGACCAUGAAGACAACAAUAACAACAACAAUAAUGACAACGGGGACUUAUCAAUCAUAUUCGAUUCACAAGACGAUUUCGAUAACGACAUCACAGCUUCCAUCGAUUUCUCUUCCUCUAUUCAGUUUUCAGCCUCUGAUCAACUCCAAGACCAGUUUGAUUUCACCGGUGUUCAGCUUCAUCAGCCUCCCAACGUCCUCUACUCUUCAUCUUCUUGUGAUCCCCUGCCUCCGCCUUUAUCGGUUUUCGAAGAUGAUUGUCUUUCUUCUGUCCCAAGUUACAAUAUUGGCUCCCUAAACCCUACUUCCCCUUCUUGCUCUUUCUUGGGUAAUCCCGGUUUACCAACUUACAUGUCUGUAACCGGGAAUAUGAUGAAUACCGGUUUAAACAUGGAGAGAUCCGGUUUUUACUCUGGGAGUAUCCAUUUGGGUUCAGAUUUUAAACCAUCACAUGAUCAAUUGAUGAAGAUUCAGGCUGAUACUAGUGGAAUGUUCUUCCCAGAUUCGAUUAAACCCAUCUUCAAUCCAGAAAAUCACCAUCUCCAGACACUUGACGGUGGAGAAAACCAGAACCACCUUGUGGCAACACCGGUUCUUCCACAGUGUGGAACAGAUAUAACCGGUUUAGACGAUGGGAGUGUCAACAAAGUAGCUAAACUCACUGCCGAGCAGAGGAAAGAGAAGAUUCAUAGGUAUAUGAAGAAGAGAAACGAGAGGAACUUCAGCAAGAAAAUUAAGUAUGCAUGUAGGAAGACUUUGGCUGAUAGUCGUCCAAGAGUUAGAGGAAGAUUUGCAAAGAACGAUGAAUUGUGUGAACCACAUAGACAUGGUUCUUCAAGCCAUCACGAAGAAGACGAUGAUGAUGUGGGGGUCAAGGAAGAAGAACAAUUGGUUGAUUCUUCGGACAUAUUUUCACACAUAAGUGGUGUCAACUCUUUCAAGUGCAGUUAUCCAAUCCAGUCUUGGAUUUGAGUUUGAUUAUAUGGUCAUAUAAUCACAAAAUAGUAUUUUAUAGAGGUUUAUUUGUAUAUUUACUAGUGCAAUUUUUAGCCAUGACUCAUAUUUUCUCGGAAAUAUUUAGAACAUAAGAAAAGAGAGAGAUGAAUAAUGGGUUUAGGCAGCUCAUGAUGAAUAAAACUGUAGUGAAGAGAGAGAGGGUUUGUUAUUAUGUUACAUAGACUUACAAAGUUUUGUAGAUACUAAUUAUAUAACAUGGUAUGAUAUUACAAUAUCUACUGUAUUUGUUGAGUGUUGUAUAAUGAUAGUCAUUUGAAUAUUGUAUGCAAGUCUUAAACUUACAAGAUUGAGAUGUUCUUGCCAUGAGAAGUUGCAACAACCCAACUUUGAUCACGAACAGGUGAAACGUACUGGAAAACAACCUUCCACCAAAUCUUGAAACAUUAGGCAUGAAGAUGAACUUUUUAAUUUGAUUGAGAGGUGGAGCUUUUCAUACUUCAUAGAGGCAACACAAUUCAACAAAGGUUAUAAACUAAUAGUUUAUUUUCUCUGUGUUUAAGAGAUUAAAACAUGAAACAAUAGGCCAAGGAUUGUGCAUUUUCAACGAGGAACCAAAAUAAUUGAAUGUCGUACAUAAUGGCGGAAAAACAAAAUACCAACUACAAAAAUCCUCAAAUUUGUUUUUGAUAUAUUUAGAACUCCAACAAUAUU